UUGAAAUAAGAUUCGUGGCAGUAGAUGAGAAAAUUUUUGUGCAAUUUUCAUUUCAUUGUUUUCUCUUAAUUGCAUAAAAAUAUUUCUGCAACAAAAAAAAAUAUCAGGAAUGGCAUUUAUAGCUCCAUCGUUUGUAGAAAAGGCGAAUGAGCCACAGAAACAACAAUUGAAUAAAGCAAAUACUUAUGAAAAUACAAAGCACAUCAUCAAUGAGAGCAUAAAGCACUUUAAUGAGUUUACAAAUUCUAUAAACGAAGUCUGCAGGAAUGCCAAUCUUUUUGCAAGCUCUCUGCAAUCAUUGGAGGAUGUUGCAAUGCCUGAGGUGAUUGGAAGUUCAAUGUUCUUGAAAGUGCCAAAGAAGAAAAUUUUUGAUAGCACGGAGCAUCUGAAAGAGACAUUAGAUACAUUCACACAGAUCCUGUCAUUGUACAGUGAAAAGGUGAAGAUUGAAACAAUUGAGGAAUUUGACAGUUUCAUUAUGCAAGUUGUUUGUCCGACUCAUAGUGAAUUGAAAGCAGUUUAUGAGCACAAUAAUAACAUUAUAGAAGAAUUUCGUAAUGGAUUUUACAGUCUCAUGAAUCAUUUUUAUGUACUUGGUGCAGAAUUAUUGGAAAAGUUUCUCAUAUGCGGCGAAUGUAACAUACCAAUUGGUUUCACACACCAACCGACAUGCAACACAAAGUCCGAAAUGAACUUUAUGUGGAGGAAAGGCAGAAUGGAUGAUAAAUUCAUUACAUAUAAAAUGAAGUUUAGUUUCGAUGAUCUCUUAAUUCCCGGACGACGAAAUAAAAUUAUUAAAGAGCUCAAUAAAGCAAUGUCGGAGCAAUGUCAAGGGCGAAAUAGUAACAAGAAUAAUCCAUUGACGCUCAAAAAUUCAUGGACAUUACGUUAUGUUCGAAGUGGAAGUGGAGGUUCGAAGUAUAAGAACAAAUCGAAUCAGCACCGUAACAAGCAUACAUAUCCAGUAAAUCCAGUUCAUCAGCCAUUGUUUCAUCCAACAGUUUGGACUCCAUCGAACUGUGAGUCUGUAGAAAUGAUGCCAAAUUAUAACGUAAUGAGCUUCUCUUAUCAAAAUGAAUAAAAGAGAUGAUUUGUAGAAGUGCAUAGUAAAAUGUUGUCAUAAUUAAGUUGGAUGGAAUAAAUUUUGUUGACGGUUUUACAGCUCU